GUUUUCUGGAAUGACCCAAUUUCCAAUUUUGUUAUUAGAACCAAUGGACACGUCUAUAACAGAUCCAGGGGGGAAGGAUACGUCAAAAACUGAGAUGGAAUUAGAGGAGGAUUCAGCUCGGCCUGAAGGAGUUGUGCGUUUCAUUGUCAAGGACUUCAGUCGGCUAAAAGAAACCGUACUCAGCGAACCUGUUUACAUUAGGAACUUACCAUGGUAAGAUAAUGGAGUAACGACACCAGGGCUCGAAGUAGAGAAAAAUAUGACCUGCCAGUCUAAAAUAUUUUGGCAGGUGAAAUAAAUUUUACCCUGCCAUUUUUAUUCAUUGAACAGCCAAAAUGGCGAUGUCUCAUAUGAGUCAUAUUGUAAAAAUCAAUGUUUUCAUGAUAUGCAUUUUUAUUGUUUUUAAACUUGUUUAUUUUACUACGGUAAACUUGGAUUUACAUUUCAAAUAUAAACGUAUUUAGUUAACUAAAUGAUCUAGUAUAUAUGAGUUGUGGUAAGCAAAUGAAAUGAAAUAUAUCUAUAGAAUUUCACCUCCCAUUUUUUUUUACUUAGGCAGUUCAAAUUUUUUUUCCCUGGCAUUCCUAAGAUAUGGCUUGCUUUUGGCCAUUGGCAGCCCGCUAUUUUGAGCCCCGAACCACACUGAUCUGGAAUUUAAUAGUUGGAUUGGGUAUAAUACUUUAUAAUAUUUGCCUUGCUGUGCUUUUAGGCGACUAAUGUGCAUUCAAAGAACAGCGUCGGUCCAUGGUCAUGAGAAGGUUAAAUCCCUGGCAGUUUUUCUUCAAUGUAAUCCUGAAACAGAAUCAUUGUAAGUCUUAACUACUAUACAGUCUUAACUAUAAGUCUAUCUAUCAUACUUAACUAUAAGUCUAUCUAACUAUCUAUCAUAAAAGUAACCAGUUUCAACCUGGGUUAAUGUUAACCCUGUUAGUUUCGAAUGUAAACAUGCAAUCCUAAUCCAGAUUAGUUAGAACUGUCAAGGACUUCCAGAGGAUUCCACUACGGGAUUCCAGGAGCAUGCUGCCCCGGAAAUUUGUGAUAUUUAGAAAAAAGUAAUGAUCAUUUCCAGC